CUUAUUUUUUGGUGGUUUGUUUUUCAUAUUCAUGAAAAACAAAAAUUAUAUCACUAAAACAAUUCCUUUAUUUCAAAAAAUUAUACUUUUUAUUUUUAAAUCGAACCUCCUCCCAAAACCAACGGUGGUUCAACUUCUUUACAACCACAGACAAAGUUCUUUGAUUGAUUUUGACACUGAUGAUCCUUCAGUUGCUUCGGUCCCACAAACACAGCAAAUUCCCCCCUCCGUUCCUGUUUCGUUAAAUGACAAUUGGGCAAACUUUGAUUCAACUCCAACUCCAGUGGUAACAAAGCUGAUGCCUUUUUCUCAAGCUCCUUCAAGUGGUGCUAACUUGCUUGACAUGCUUUCUGAGUUAUCAGUUCCUGCAUCUGUUAACAACCCACAAAUGUCACUUUUUGGCACAAAUCCUCCUCCUCCUCCUCCUGCUGCUGCUGCUGGUGCACCACCAUCGGUGUUUGUCCCUGGUGGUGGUAAUAAUGGCGAUUUAUUUACUUCAAGUUAUUCUUUUUCAUUUUUGUGCUCCAGGGUGGUACCUGUGUUAUGAGUUAUCACACAACCUUCCACAACACAACUCAUUACUUUUUAUAUCAACUUUGUUACAAUUUUUGUGACCUGAAUCAAUUUUUGUGACCUGAAUCAGGCAAAUAUAUCUAGUUUUACCAAAAAUAUAUCUAGCUCUUACCCUUUAAAUUUGAACCGCAGGCGUGGUUAAUUUGUAUGAUGAUGAUGGUCCGGUGGUGGGAUUUUCAGGUUGGUUGAAUUAUUGGGGGUGCGAGGCGAGGCUAGCUGGCCGGUGAUGAUGGUGUUGCGACAGGGGAGAUGGAGAUGAAGGACCGAUUAGUGGUGUAGAGAUGGAGAAAGGGUGGUGUUAAGGUGUUCGGUUGGGAGGAAAAGCGUAUUCAAUUUAGGUAUUAGCCGUACUUAAUCAAAAUGGGGGCGUAUUUGAUUUAGUUAUUUCAUUUUGUUUCUAAUACAUCUCCUUAACCGUAUUAGAUGCUGAAAUUGUGCGUAUUAUAUUUAUUUAUCCCUUUAUAAUACGGUUUUUAUUUACAACCGUAUUAGAUGGGGGUGUACUCUAUAACUAAUUUUCCAGUAGUGCUUAAGCUUUGAUUUGUCAAUAAAAUGGAUUUGGAAGCAUGUGAAGGUCUCUAAAGUAGAGAGAUACUGGACGCACAAGUUAUAUGACUGGAAACAUAGUAGAAUACCAUUCCCAUCGAGUAGCCGUAAAUGCAAGAUUGUCAUCCAGCAUUUGAAAAUCCAAAGCCUCGGUAUUUGUAUAGGAUUUCAGAAGUCAGUCGUUGUAGCAUGCAAGAUGAUAACCAUGAUUACAAUUCUCUUUUUGAUAUGUGUCUUGUGUUGUCGCCGUUGUUGGAAGUGGUUAAAGGCCAUGUUUAUUAGCACAUCUUGUCUUGUAGUGGGACAGUCGCAACAGGCCAAGGAGCAACCAGGUAAAGAUAAAGAUCUCAGGGGGUAUGUGUUGCAACUUCAAGAAGACGUACAGUUUACUGAGAGAACAUUGAAACGCUUGUUAAAAUCUGUGAAUCGCUUGAUCCAAAAGGCAGAAAAACAACAACCAAAGAAUCUUAUGAAGCUUCUAUCAGAAUCUCGAGGUUUUGAAGGACUUGCAAAGUUCGACAGCAAUCAUGUUCCUUCUUUACUUUCAGAAGAAUAUGUCAAUUGUUGGUCUUUGCCUUUGGUAACACUAACAUCCAUCGCCAUGUCUCUACCGGACAUCCAAAAGAACAUGGUCGAUUGCUUGCUAAAUGGUGUGAGUGAGGGUCUUUUAUAUGUCACGCUUGUUGAAGAAAGCCUCAAUGCUAGUGAUCAUGAUCAUGUAAGCAUUCAAAAGGCAGCUGAAACUUUGUGGGUAGAAGUUGAAGUGUACCACAAAUGGUUAGGAACUAAGCUGCCAAACCCUAAGUCUAAAUUAGUGAAUACACCGGGGCAUAUUCUUCAGUGGUUGAGGGAUAAGGCUAAGAAGAAGGUCAUGAAGGUGGAAAGUAAGGAUAUCAGAGACCGAAAUGAUAAUUCCAAAUACAAGUCUAUUUGUGCCAAUUCAAUGUAUCGUAUCACUGAAACAAUCUUGCUCAACGUCUACCACGAGAACAUUGAUCAGCAGGUUAGCCAAGAGGAACUAUUUGCACAUGUGUCAUCAAUGAUCGCUGAUAUAAUAGCUGCUUGUCUCACCAACUUACCCCAAGUCAUUCUAAUGAAAUGCCAUGAAAGUGUCAUAGAGAAAAGGGAGGCGAGUGUUCAAGCUGCAGCUCAACUUCUCGGCGAGACUAUACAGAUAAUCAACACCCUUCAAGAUCGUCAACUUCCAAGCUUGAAUCCAGACGAGUUGGCAUUUAUUGACAAGUGGUGUGCUCACUUAAAGAAUCCGUUUCCUUGACAAACAUUUCGGUUCUGCAAGCAACCAGGCAAGUUCAUAAACAGUUGUCAUAGUUUCUAUUCUCUAAAUAUGUAGAAGAUUAUGCUUUGUUUAUUUGCUUUCCUAUGUUUCUUAAUAUUUGAGACUGGUCAAUGGUCAUCGUGGAUGGGCCUUCAAAGUCAUUGGAACCCUUGCUCAAACAUUAUAUAUACUGUUGUUUCAAUCGCAUUAUAUAGACUUGUUUCAAUAUAUAUUUGUG